UCUUCCUCUUUUCAAUUUUACUAUGGAACAAGUCAAUAAUCUGAGAGAAAUACAAGUGCUAAGGAGGCCGAAUCUGCAUCCUAAUACUCUUAUGUUACAUGAAGUCUUUUUCGAUACAAAAGCUGGCUCCCUUUCACUGAUAUGUGAGCUUAUGGACAUGAAUAUUUAUGAGCUGAUAAAAGGUAUGAGAAAGCCAUUACCUGGAGGAAAUAAACCCAACAACUACUACAUAUACCAGUUAUGCAAAUCUCUUGAUCACAUACAUAGAAAUGGGAUGUUUCACAGAGAUGUGAAACCAGAAAACAUAUUAAUAAAGCAGAAUACCCUGAAGUUAGGAGAUUUUGGAUCUUGUAGGAGUAUCUAUUCUAAGCAGCCACAUACAGAAUAUUGGUCUACAUGCUGGUACCAAGGACCUGAAUGCUUACUUACAAAUGGCGACUAUCAUUACAAAAUUGAUAUGUGGAGUGCUGGCUGUGUUCUCUGUGAAAUCACAAGUUUUUUCAGCCUCUUUCCUGGAUGUACUGAGCUGGACCAAAUUUCAAAACCCCAUGAUGUUAUAGGCACUCCCACUAACCAAACUCUCAACAAGUUCAAGCAGUCAAGAGCUGCGAGUUUUGAUUUCCCCUUUAAAAAGGAAACAGAAUACCUUCUCUUGUGCACAAUUUCUCUCCUGUAUGCAAUGGUAAAAUAUGAUCCUGAUGUGAGAAUUGCUGCCCAUCGAGCAUUACAGCACCCUUAUUUUCAAGAGCUCUGGGCAGCUGAUACACAAGCUUUGGCCAUGCACAAAAAAUUCAGAUUACUAGGAAAUUCAGCAGGGCAAGUACCUCUGCAUUUGUGGCAAAUUUCAAAGGGAAGUCAAAGACAGUCUGAGAAACAGAAGGCAUGUAAGUCUUCCCUGAAACAUUUCCACUUACCUGCUCUAGAAGGAAGAGGAGGAGGUUACUGACCACCUUGUAAAGUAUUUGGUGUGUGAGGAAGAGCACAACUGUGCAGUGAGCGCGACCAAAUCAUGCUUCUGUUGUUAGAGACCUAUAAAGAACAGCAGUGCCUCAUUUUGUGUUUCCCUGACGAUGUGUAGGAAAACCCCUUGAGCUUAUGAGGGCUGCUUACCUCUGUUUUGGUAUUCUGUUCCUGAGAGGUAUCAAUAUUUAAAUAAAGUGUUGUCCUCGCACAGCUUAGAGAGCACUUGCUAUGGAACUUUCUAAGUAUUUUUUCCUUUUAGAACCUGAUGGAGGAGGAGGUUGGUUAAAAAUAACAUGAAAGGAUUCUUUGAGCUUUAGUAUUAGGAAUGGAAUAUCUACAAAAUAUAAGUUUUCAUACCAUAUUAUAAAUGACAGCUAACUUUUGUAUAUUUUGUAGGUGUAAAAAAUGUUUAUUUUUCAGUCAACUCUGGAAAACGUUCAGCUCCUGUAUUCAAUAACUUCAACCUGAAGUUUUAUUGAGAAUGUGCAGAUUAUACAGUCAUAUGACAGACUUGAUUUUGAUGCGGUUUCUGUAACUGCUGAAUAUUAUUCUGUAACUAUAGCUAAAAGCUAAAGCAACUUUUUAUCUGAUUCAAUAGCAAAUAAAAUUUAGUCAUCAUUUUCUUCAA